UGACGCGGAGUCAGAGGCAGCGAUUGGAGAGCAGAAUGGAAUUAUAAGGGGAGGGUGAAACGCACCAAGGCGUCCCAAAGAGCAGUCGGCCUCAGAUCUGACACCGCAGUACGCGCACAAGUCAGAAGAGUCAGUCCACCGCCUUCCUUCACCAUGCAUCCAACAAGACUUCCAGCUUGGCAGUGACAAGUGAUUCUAAAGUGGCGAGCAUUUAUCCUUUUAGGCAAAGUAUUUGCGCGUGAAGGCUGAAAUCGAGGAGAAGCUGUGCGUAUUUCCUUCGACUUUUUUCCUUUUGCUUCGCUGGGAGCCAAAACCAGGCGGGGUUAGCGUUUCUGGAGGAUUUCUCUCUCUCUUAUUGUUUUUUAAUUAAAAGGGAAUAUUUUGGAAUUCUUUUCACCGACAUGGAGUACACAUCUUCCCCGAAACCUCAGCUGUCAUCCCGGGCAAAUGCCUUCUCCAUAGCCGCACUGAUGUCCAGCGGGAAGCCCGGUAAGGACAAGGAGGCGGAGGAGAACACCAUCAAGCCUCUCGAGCAAUUUGUGGAGAAGUCCUCCUGCAAUCAGCAGUCUCUGGCUGACCUGUCUUCCCUGGACGGACACGGGGACUUCAGCGGGAACGCGCCGGCGGUGUGCACGGAGCCACUCAUCCCCACCAAUCCCGGCGUCCCCAGCGAGGAGAUGGCGAAGAUCUCUUGCAGCCUUGAAACCAAAGAGCUGUGGGACAAAUUUCACGAGCUCGGCACCGAAAUGAUCAUCACCAAGUCUGGAAGGAGAAUGUUUCCAACAAUCCGGGUCUCUUUCUCCGGGGUGGACCAGGACUCCAAGUACAUCGUGUUGAUGGACAUCGUCCCGGUGGACAACAAGCGGUACCGGUACGCCUACCACCGUUCCUCCUGGCUGGUAGCCGGCAAGGCCGACCCUCCUCUGCCUGCCAGGUUGUACGUCCAUCCGGACUCGCCGUUUACCGGGGAGCAACUGAUGAAGCAAAUGGUUUCUUUCGAGAAAGUCAAACUGACAAACAACGAACUGGACCAACACGGACACAUUAUCCUCAACUCCAUGCAUAAGUACCAGCCACGGGUCCACAUCAUUAAGAAGAAGGACCACACCGCCUCGCUGCUCAAUCUCAAAUCUGAGGAGUUCCGCACCUUUGUCUUUGUUGAGACCGUCUUCACUGCCGUCACAGCCUAUCAGAACCAGCUGAUAACCAAACUGAAGAUUGACAGCAAUCCAUUCGCCAAAGGUUUCCGGGACUCCUCGCGGCUGACAGACAUGGAGAGCAGGGAAAGUGUUGAGAAUCUAAUCCACAAGCACUCGUACGCCCGGUCGCCGAUACGAACCUACGCUGGUGAUGAGGAAAACCUGAGCGAGGAUGGACACUCAUCGCAUGCCAGAGUUUCAGCCUUCACAGCUUCAGACAACCUCUCUCUGAGCUCCUGGGUCACCACCACCUCGGGCUUCUCGGGCUUCCAGCACCCACAGGCCCUGUCGGCCAUGGGCAGCAGUACCGCCUCGCUGCCCCACCCCAUCCAGGGCUCCCUGCCCCCCUACAGUCGUCUGGGAAUGCCACUAACACCCACCGCUCUGGCUGGAACCAUGCAGGGCAGCGGACCGUCUUUCCCUUCCUUCCACAUGCCCCGCUACCACCACUACUUCCAGCAGGGCCCCUAUGCCGCCAUCCAGGGACUCCGCCACUCCUCUACGGUCAUGACACCCUUCGUAUGACUUCAACCUCAGGAGGAGAGAGCUGAACCUUGCUCUGAUGCUCAACCCAAUCAUGUGCAACAACUUAUUUAUGUGCUCCGGUUCAUCACUGCUAAUCAAGUUUGUAUCUUCCCCUCUGCUCUUUGAAAAUAAUCACCUGCAGUGAGUGAGUCCUGACCUGCAGACCUGCGGAAACACCAGCAGAUCCUGUGGUGUCUAUGAACACUUCAGAGACACUGUACUUAUUCAGAUUCAGAAAACUUUUUUUUGUCCAGAGGGGUGAAUGGGUGGGGGGAGGGGCAAUUUAAGAGUACAAACUAUAAAAUCUAAUGCAAGACGAUAACACAAGCAUGUUUCAUCAUGGCCUUCGACAAACAGAAAGUGGAUCUUCAACUUAUUUUAACAGGUUUCCCACAGUCUCAUUUAUUAAACAUUUAUUACUCCUGUAACACAACAGGGAUCUUUUUUUUUGCCAGGGAUGGCAGGCUGCUGUGGGAUCUUUUGUGGUGACACUCAUCUGGUGCCACUGUGGUGCAGUCUGAACAUUUGAGCUUGCCAGACAGGCAGAGCAGCCUCCUCAGCCUUCCUGUGUUUUUGAGAAAGCCAGCCAUAUGUACAGUUCAAAGACAAAACUCCACACUCUGUUGAAAAUGAUGUACGUUAGAAUUCAUUGUACAGAAGAACAUGCUACAUUUAUCCAUAGGUAAAUUAUCACUUUUGAGUGCAAACACAAAAAAAAAAAAAAGAAAUAUAUAGGACGCAUGCUGACCGCAGUAGACAAACACACUGUUUGUUUUGUUCAGAGGCCCGGUUACACCAGCGCUGCAAUAAAUACUAAUUAGAGUAUAGGCAAGAAACAUGUAAAUAAAGUAGAAUACAAGAAAGAUUUGUUCUCUUGGGCCACUCGCAGGUCUACAAACAAAAACAAAAUUAGAAAGGAGCUAGAAACAAGAUUGAUGAUGAUUAUUUUAUUAUUAUUUUUACAUGGAGAAUUCACAUUUUUCACGUUUGAAAAGAAAUUUUAAAUAGGUUCAAACAUUUUGGGCUUGGCAAGCAAUUUUCAUUCAAGUAAACCACUGCCUUCUUUCAAAUCCUGCAUCAAAUAGGGGUGUUUUCAUGUUGGAAUCAAAUUUUGAACUAUUCUCACAAACAAGUCCCAUUAGUUGGGUUACCAAACUGAAUCCAAUAUAAAUUAAGCUUUUUUAGCUUGUGAAGAAGUUACUUUAUGGGAUGUAGAAGACGCUAGAAACCAAGUAAGUAGCAUCACAAUACAUUUAUCACCAGUUCAGUAACAACAAAUCAAAUAAGUAACACUAUACUGUGAAUGAAAUUGUGUGAAAAACUUGAGAACGAAACUGUGAAGAGCUAGUGUGACAGCUUAGUUCUAUCAUGCUUUCUAUCAUAGAGUUUAUGUCUUCUGUAAUGUACAAAAGAAAUAGUUUGACACACUGGUUGGCCAGGUGUGCAGAGGAGAGAAAACUAGCUGGCUUUAAACUUAAAUGCUCCAGAACAGGCAUCACACAAACUAGUCAUGUUUAAGCAAAAAAAAAAAAUUUCACCGCAGAUGGAUGGUUGCUGUCUGGAGUGACCGGGCCUCAACUAAGAGGAGUUCAAAGACAUCUGUAUGAAAAUAGCCAUAUUUAAAUUUCUUUAAGCGAGUGAAACUGGCUGUAGCCCUUAUAGAUCUGCUUCCACUGGCCUCACAUAGGUUCAAUUAGUAAGCAAUCACUCUCUAAUUAGUUUUAUGUCUGAGCACAGAAACAUGUUUUUCAUUGUAAACAGGCAUUUACUCUGACUCCAACUUGUUUUCAGCUUUCUGUAGCCUAUUAGUAGUCAGUCUUUAGCAGGUGUUACUGAAAUGAUUCAUGGUCCCGUCAGAGUGUGUGGACGGGGUAUCCACACCUCCAAAUAAUGGCUCUCUGCUGGUUGGGGAAGGCAGAGAGAAGUGCAGUCGACUCUCAUGCAUAGUAUCUCAACAGUGGAGUCAUUUACUUGAAAAAGCUAUGAAAUUAUUGGUUGAACAGGUAAUAAUAAAAACAAUAUUCUUUAUGAUUAAGUCCUAAAUUCAACAGCCAGACUGAUGAAACAUUACCAAUUUACAGAUGAACAGUUUGAAAUCCUGACAUGUUUGAAGCUACAACUAUUGAGGGUGGUUUAUUUUUUUUAUUAUUGUUUUAAUAAUUGGUUAUGAAAAUAGCUGUUGAGUUUUUUUUUAUUGUUUCGCCCAAGAAUAGUUUUAAAAAAUAAAAUUUGAAGAACCAGUAUCAAAAAUAUUUCUUUAUAAAAACAAGUAAAAUACUUUAUUAUUAUUAUUAUUAUUAUUAUUAUUAUUAUUAUUAUUUUGGUUUAUACUAAAACAUGAAAAGAAUCUCUCUGAACAACUGGAUUUGUUCAACCUGUCAUGAUGCAAUUAUUUUUAAUAUUGAAUUUGAAUUAUACUGAAAACAAGUUAGUUUAAGUAAUAAAAAAAAUCCUAAUACAAAAUUAAUACUUUGCAUGGAGCUUUUUUUUUUGGAGCCUCACAUUCUUUCACAAAAUCAGGCAUCAAGUGGUUUCCAGCCUUUUUACUUUGAACAGUGUUUUUCUUUGCAUGAUGAUCAGUGCAACAAACAGUCUCCAUAUGAUGUUCAAAAGAAUGACAGAGCUGCGUGAGCUAGUGAGACAAACUAAAAUGUCCCAGUUUGACUUGUGUCAUAUGAAGCUUGUCACAACAGCAUACGGACUUAAAAGCAGUUGAUUUCUUCUCAUUUGUUCAGUGAGCAGAGAAAUCAAAUCAAAUCCUCGUCCUUUUCUGAUGUACAGCCUGAACUGAAUGAUGACGUCCAUUGAUGUAAAUGUUAAAAACUUCUUGCCACUGAAAAUAAUCUCUUUAAAAAAAAAAAAAAAAGAAUGUUUUGUUUGAAUUUGUAUGUCAUAAUCUUAAUACUACACCCUAUGAGAUUGUGUUUUGAUGAUUUUUAAGUGCAAUAUAUUUAUUUUGCUCUGGAAAUGAUGUGUAAUGUACUAUGCCGCAUUAAAUUGUUAUUUGAAAACUGAGAAAUAUAUAUAUCACCAUCAAACACUGA